CAAAGAUGGCGGAUGUGUUAGAUUUGCAAGAAGGAGGAGAUGAAUUUGAGGUUGACGAGGAAGGCGAUCAGGGCUUGCAGAAGCUGAAAGAAAAAGCCAAGAAACGAAAAGGAAGAGGAUUUGGCUCAGAUGGCCCUACAAGAAGUGGAGUUGAGGAUUUUGAGGUGAUGGACGUGGAUGAAGAUGGUGGUCCUGGUCCACAGAGAUCUGUGGAAGGCUGGAUAUUAUUUGUCACUGGUGUUCAUGAGGAAGCACAGGAGGAUGACCUUCAGGACAAAUUUGCUGACUAUGGUCAGAUUAAGAAUCUCCACAUCAACCUUGACAGACGAACAGGAUUUCUUAAGGGUUAUGCACUGAUAGAAUAUGAAACAUUUAAAGAAGCCCAGGGAGCUAUGGAUGCACUCAAUGGAUCAGAUAUCCUAGGUCAGAAAAUCAAUGUGGACUGGUGUUUUGUGAGAGGGCCACGUAAGAACAAAAAUCGCCGAGACAACCGGAGGAGACGGUGAUCUUUUCAAGGAUAUGAGAAAGAGGUUCUAGAUUUUAAAAUCGUGUGUUUAAGGUUAAUAAUUACCAAUUACACAUGGCUAUCAGACAGACUACAAAUCUUGACUCAUUGUGACUGCUAAGAGGUUGAUGAUCAAUUGGAUUGGAUAGCAGUAGACCAUGGCACUGUGAGGACUCUCUUGUAAUUCUGUCUCGAGGGGGUGAAAAUUCAACAGUGUGAAAAUUCAACAUGGAUGAUCAGUGGACUGGGUGUCUAUACAGUCUAAGUAGGGAUUAGAUUUAGGAUAUCAUUACCGAGAAAAAAUAGCGAUUGACAAAAAACCAGCACUGUUUCCCCCUCAGGAUAAAGUUUACAUCUUAGUAGUGAUAUCAGUUUCUUUACUGCACAUGACUUCUGGAAUCAGGAAUUUUAUACAUGUAUUUAUUUUAGUAAAUCAACAGUAUGAGAGAUGUAUUGCAUGGAAUUCAACUCUCUGUACCGAGAGGUAUUUACAAUUCAUUGUACUUGCUACCAGCAAGGAGGUUUGGUAAAAAGAAGAAAAUUAACAUCAAAAUAGAAAAUAAAAAUUUCUGAUAAGUUAUGUUCUGUGCUAGUAAAAAAGUGUUUCCUGGGUCUGUAAUGGCAGCUUUUUAACAGUGUGGUGCAAUGGUCCCUGAGGUGUUGAAGGUACAACACUUGUAUGCUAGAAACACUACUUAUGUGUAAGAAAUUUUCAUCAUUAACAUUGUUUACUGUUGUUUUAUGCUUGUAAAGCGUCGUCAUGAUUAUGUACUUCAUUAUCAGAUUAUAAAUAAAAGAAAAAAACAUU